GGCACGGCAGUUGGUGACGUCAGAGGGAGAGGGUAGCAACAGUUGCCUCGAGACCCCCGGCGCCAUAGUGACUGUAGCCGUGGAGACUGUUACUUGCCAACCGGAGACACAAGAGCAGCGGUGGCCGGAGGAACAACCCGGGGACCGCGGGGCUUCAAGUAACACUGCACCGCGCACCUUACCGCACAGUGAGCAGGACCCAGGUGACCCGCUCACACCCAAACGUUUGGUGCCCUGGGUAGCUUCAGACUUGAGAAAAUUCCUUGUUCCUGGGUUUAUGCAGUAUGUGGUGUAAUGACUGACAGCCUGUUGCUUCGAGGCCACCACUAGAAAGCUGCGUCCACACCUCCAUAUCAAUAAUCGCAGGCUUUUUCUUUGGUCUCCAGAGCAAGCCUCCCAACAGCAAUCUAAUUUUGGGUUCGUCAGUGAAGAUUCAUUCUUAAUAACAUGUAUCUAUGGAAGCAGAGGGAAAACAGAGGUAGCACCAUGCAGAAUUCAGACAGUGGUUCAGACUCGGCUACAUCAGUCUCACUGAGGACUUCUGCAACUGCCCAAGCCCCAGUAGUUCAACCUGUUCCAGCAUCUCAGCAGAGGAGUUUGUCCCAGUCGUCUGGUUCUGCUCCCAAAGGAGCACACGGUCAGGGUAUCUCUGUGCCCAGGGCCCACCAGUUACAGCAGCAGGUUCAGACUGUCCAGCAUGUCUACCCUACCCAAGUGCAAUAUGUGGAAGGAGAUACUGUGUACACAAACGGAGCCAUUCGCACAACGUACUCCUACAACACUGAAGCGCAGAUCUAUGCUCCUAGCAGUGGUGCCUCCUAUUUUGAUUCUCAGGGUGGAGGAGCUCAGGUGACCACAGUUGUGUCCUCACCUACUGCCAUUCCAUCCCACAGUAUGGUUGGCAUCACCAUGGAUGUGAGUGGAAGCCAAUUAUUGUCUAGUUCUGGAGCAUACCUAAUUCAUGGUGGAUUAGACAACUCUCGCCAUGCACUGUCUCACACAUCUCGCUCUUCCCCUGCCACGCUUGAAAUGGCGAUUGAAAAUCUCCAAAAAAAUGAAGGCAUCACCUCUCACAAAAGCAGCUUGCUCAACAGCCAUCUCCAGUGGCUGCUGGAUAACUAUGAGACAGCAGAAGGUGUAAGCCUCCCCCGUAGUUCCCUUUACAACCACUACCUACGACAUUGCCAAGAGCACAAGUUGGACCCUGUUAAUGCUGCCUCCUUUGGGAAACUUAUCCGCUCUGUAUUUAUGGGCUUACGAACACGUCGCCUUGGCACCAGGGGUAACUCAAAAUAUCAUUAUUAUGGCAUCCGGCUCAAACCAGAUUCUCCCUUGAACCGUCUUCAGGAAGAUACUCAGUACAUGGCAAUGAGACAGCAGCCCAUUCAUCAGAAGCAAAGGUACAGACCAAGUCAGAAGAUGGAGGGUAUGGGUGACAACACCAGUAACAGCAGCCAGCACACCUCUCCAGAGCAGUCGGUAGUUGCUCAGAGUCAGCAUCACCAGCAGUUUAUUGAUAUGUCCCACGUGUUUCCAGAUUUCCCAGCACCAGAUCUUGGUGCUAUGCUGCUGCCGGAGGGUAUUACAUUGACCGAUAUUAAGAACCUUCAACUUAUGUACCGCAGGCACUGUGAGGCAACACUGGAUGUGGUGAUGAACUUGCAAUUCCAGUACAUUGAGAAAUUGUGGCAAGCAUUUUGGAAUUCUAAGCCGUCUUCUCCUUCUGGCAGUACUGGGAUGACCAGUCUUUCUAUCUUAAAACACAGUGAAGAGGAGCAAGAGGCAGUCAUUCCCAAGGACACACUCAUGGUGUUGUGCAAAUAUGAGCCCAUCAUGAGAUGGAUGAGGAGCUGUGACCACAUCCUUUACCAAGCUUUAGUGGAGAUACUCAUCCCAGAUGUAUUGAGGCCUGUUCCUAGUACGCUGACACAGGCAAUCCGAAAUUUUGCAAAAAGCCUGGAAGGAUGGUUAACCAAUGCAAUGUGUGACUUUCCCCAACAAAUUGUCCAGGCAAAGGUUGGAGUGGUCAGUGCAUUUGCACAAACAUUACGCCGCUACACUUCUCUCAAUCACCUGGCGCAGGCAGCCCGUGCAGUCCUGCAGAACACCUCUCAAAUCAAUCAGAUGCUCAGUGACUUAAACCGUGUGGACUUUGCCAAUGUGCAGGAACAAGCUUCUUGGGUAUGUCAGUGUGAAGAAGGCAUGGUGCAGAAGUUGGAGCAAGACUUCAAACUAACCUUGCAGCAGCAAAGCUCUCUGGAUCAGUGGGCAACUUGGUUGGACAAUGUUGUCACCCAAGUGCUAAAACCCCAUGAAGGAAGCCCACUGUUCCCUAAAGCUGCCAGACAGUUCCUCCUCAAAUGGUCUUUCUACAGUUCUAUGGUGAUCCGAGAUCUUACUCUGCGCAGUGCUGCAAGUUUUGGAUCAUUUCAUCUCAUCCGCCUUCUUUAUGACGAAUACAUGUUCUAUCUAGUAGAACACAGAGUGGCGCAAGCAACAGGCGAGACUCCUAUUGCAGUGAUGGGGGAGUUCAGCGACCUGGCUUCUAUGUCUCCAGUGUUGAUGGACAAAGAUGAACUCAGCGAUUUGGGCAGUGACACUGAUGGAGACCCUCGUGUUUCUGGCGAGCCUCCUGUUAAAAGAGAACGUAUUGAUCUUAACCACUCCUUGCAGGAAAUCUAGAAGGGAAAGAGACUUGUGUGCCUAAUCACUCCCGUUGCCUCUGAUGCAAUCUGCCUUCAGAUUAGAAAUCCACAAAACUAGUGCCUCUAACAUGCACCAUUAGUUUUCCGCACCCAUACGUUAAUAUCAAGGAACGUUUGUAACAGCAAAGACAGGUGGACAGUGUGCUAUAUACUCUUUACCACCGGUACCCAGACAAUCACACACCACCUUUUUAUUUGCCACAACGUGACUGUUUGCUCUUAAUGUGUGCCUGUACGUGUAUAAUAAAGUGGCUUGGGAUUUUUUUUUUUAAAUUUGGUAUUAUUUAACACCACAUCUUUUUGACCUGUAUAUAAGAUGAUUUUACCAUACAUUGGCUAUUACCUCACCUGCGUAGAAUGCUUAAAUGUGCUGCAAACGCUUGCCAAAUAACACUGUGCAUUAGACCAUAGAAAGGAUAGUAGCUAUCCAGAGUGUCUAUAUAUGUAGAUGUCCAGUACACUUGUUGGAAAA